AUGAUCCGUAACAACAAUGGUGUUUAUGUUCGAUGGGAUAGAAAUGGUUGGGUGGUCUCCGUUGCUAAUCCUGAAGCUGUGAAGCAGUUAUUUAUGAAGUCAGAUAUUUUCCCUAAAAUCGAUAUGAAUGGUUUUGAUGGUACUCUCUUCAAUCGGUUCGUUGGAACCUCCAAUAUUUUAUUAGUCAAUGGUCAAGAUUGGAAAAAACAUCGAAAGCUUGCCAAUCCAGCUUUCCAUAGAUCUAUGCCUGUGAAACUUUUUGGUGAAGCCGCUCAUAAUCUUUUUACCUAUUUGAACAAGGAAUAUCCCAGUGAUAGCUUCUCAGUGGAUUUUGGAUAUCUUAUGGAAUGCCUAACAUUGGAUAUCAUUGGUUUAGCAGGAUUUGGUUUUAGUUUCAAUGCCGUUACCGACAAGGACAGCGAAUGGAAAAAAGUAUAUGAUGAAAACACUCGCAAUCUUCGUGAUCCUAUGUAUGCACUUUUUCCUAUCCUGGAACAAAAAUUUUUAUGGCUUUUCCCCAAACGUCAACAAGCUCACAAGACACUGGACAAGUUUUUGGGUAUGCUCAGUGGAAUCGUGGAACAUAAACGACGAGUUCUUCGUGAAAAUGUCGACAAUGGCGUGGAAGAAGCUGAAAAGGAUUUAUUAACUCUGAUGCUUGAAAGUGAACUUCGUGGUGAAGGUGUUCUGACCAAUGAUGAACUUAUGGGUGAUUUGGGUAUUUUCUUUGUUGCUGGUCACGAUACUACUGCUUUUGCAUUAACAGCUGCUGUUUACUACUUGGCCAAACAUCCUGAUAUCCAAGAAAAGGCUCGUCAAGAAGUCAAUAACGUUCUUUGUCCUGAUGGUGAACCCAAAGAGGAUAUUUUGGUGACCGCCGAACAAACCAAGGAAUUUGUGUAUCUGAACCAAAUUAUCAAGGAAGUCUUGCGUUUAAAUGGAUCUGUUGUUACUCUUGUUACUCCUAGACGAGCAACGGAAGAUGUUAUUAUCUCUGGUGUGAUGAUACCCAAGAAUACGCUGGUCAACGUCAAUAUAUAUGAUUUACAUCACAAUCCUGAUGUGUGGACUAAUCCGGAAAUGUUCAAUCCUGAUCGUUUUGCUCCUGGUGCUGAAGCAGAUCAAAAGAUUGGUGCUGGACUAUCAUGUGGAUCAAGAGUUUGCAUUGGUCAAAACUUCAGUCUUAUGGAACAACGUGUGAUUUUGGCUGGUUUACUGAGAAGGUACACCUGGAACCUCCCAAGCAACUCACCUCAUGCUGACAAAAUCAUCACUGGCAACAGUCUUAUCAUGAGCGCAAAGAAACUCAAUAUCGAAUUCCACAAGCGGUUUUGAAGAUAGAAUAUUCUCUUUUUACAAUUACUCUCAAAUACAUUUAGUCCUCUAUCGUUAUGUAGUUAGUUGGUGUCAUUAUAGUUGUAUAUUUUAUUCCCAUUUUAUCUAGAAUAGUGUACUUUUUUAU